CUCUACUCGCGGCCCGCUUCACAUCCAUCCUUUAACUCCGCCCUCAAGAAAAAAUAAUACUCCCUGGAGGAUUCGAACCCACGUUCAAGCAUUACAAGACUAGAGUGCGGACCAGUGGACUGCAUCAUGUCGUUGACAACAGAAUGUCCGACGCACAGCUAUGAAGAGUAUACUCCGCUCCAACUCCAAUUAGCGGUCCUCACCGCGUCACACCAGCUCGCGCGGCCCAACCAAGUCGCGGCCCGCGGCGCGCACUCCACCAGCCCGCGCGGCCCAACCAAGUCGCGGCCCGUGCCGCGCACUCCACCAGCCCGCGUCGCACCAGGCCCAAUCCUCCAUGCGGGCUCGCGUCACGCAUCCAACAGGCGCCACAUCAAAAAUAUUAUUGUCGCCGCGAAGGUUCGAACUCGCGUCACUCUUCCGCGUGCCAAGCAACAAUACCAGUACGCUACAAUCAUUGUUUGUGAUUCAAAGGUGCAGCGCGCUAUUUUAAAGUUUCUCAACUCCACCUAGAAUUACCGACGAAGAUUUAAAUAUAUAUAUAUAUAUAUAAGCUAGCGAUGAGUUAAAACUCACCACCAGCUUGGGGGGCAAUUGUUGGGGGUGUUACUAAAUACUUCGUGCACAGACUGAGUAGGGGAGCACACAAUCGGCGAUGGCAACACUCGGUACCCGCUACAGGUAUAUAAGGGCUUGAAGCCCUCCAAAGAGGGGGACUUUUCCUCUCCCCUCACUUUCCACUUUCUGCUAUCUCUCUACACUACUCUCUCUAUCUAUUCUCUCAACUCUCUCCUCAAACAUACGCUGACUUGAUCGUCGGAGCUUAAUCCGGGGGACAACCCCGGCUCUUUCAUAGGUUCCUUCCCUCCCGACGAGAUCAGACGAACGGAUCGUGAGUCAACCCCACACCAACAAAUAUCAUUAUUCAUACCGGAGCUAGAUGGUUCAAACAAUAGUAAUCGGUAUACUGAUAACCAGUAACGAACGAUUACCACCCCUGGCCGAAUCUACGUAAUAAAUGAAUUUUUGAAAC